UUUGCAUAGUAAAAAACUACUUUUAAACCCCAGCCAUGAGCUUUUUCUAUCUUUAAACAAUGCUGUUGUUUAAACCCAACCAGGAAGUACCAAACUAAAUAAAGUGUUCUCGGGUUAUUAACUGAAAUGGAAAAGCUUUUGUUAAACAUUGGUCAUCAGUUUGCGCCAUGAUUUUAUGUUUAUCGGGUAGUGCACCACCUAAGUCCAUCUCUUACCUCCUUACUAGGAUUUUGUGGCUUCCUGACGAAUCACUUGAAUAUGAUGUCUGAUAUGAAAACAGUUGUAUAAAUGUAUUUUCCUUUUUAUUUCCUUUUUUUCCCUGUCAGGGACGCCUUGACAUGAGCUCUCUGGGCCGCGAUCGAACCGCCAACGCUCGGGCUACAGGAUAACCACUCUCCAAGCCACCCGGGCGGCUAUACACUCACACACACACGUGUGUGUGUGAGUGUUCCUCCAAAUGUGAGCGAAAUAUCAGUACUUCUUUCACUUUUGAAGUACAAGGGAAAUAUCAUUUCUCACACCUUCAAAGAAAAAAAUAUUCCGAUGGGCGCGAGGAGCCAGUCCUCGGUCUGCGCUGCCUUCAGGUACUCUGGAAAAAAAACUCCUUCAUUCAGCAUAAAAUAGACCUAGUUCACUAAAAAUAGCUUCUUCAUAUUAGAUAUUUUAAAACAUUUAAUGGGCGUAUAACAAGUUUAUGCUGGUUUUAUUUCCUGCUAGAAACACGUUUUUCAUGCCUUUAAAACUUGACGGGAACUGGAAUCGAACAUUUUCGAGCAUGCACUGAAGGCAUCACGUCAUCCUCCGCGUGCGCCCGCAGCAUCACAGGAACCGUUAGUUAGAGACAAAGUGAGUUAAGGACGCGUCCAGCUGUGUGUCCAGUCCCGGAUAGUUUUUCCAGGCGAAGCUUCCAGCCUCCCAGAAGCGAUGGCAGCCUUUGCUGGAGCCGCGCCGGAAAAGUAAAGGACGUACUUGGACCCAGGAGCUCCCAUAGCGAAGCCCAACCCUGAGGCCCCUCCUGACUCAGGGAUACCAUGGGGCCCCUCCCUGUUCACCUCACCCCAUUCCUCUUCCUCCUCCUCCUGUGCCACCCCUGCACCUCCUUUAGACCUCAGGUCAUAGAGCGAGCAUCUGGCCAUGAACAUCCCCAGUCCUCUAGUAAUACAACAGGGUCUGGAAAGCGGACGUGCACAGAUGUUGUACUGUGUAAACCUGGCAUCCUGCUGCCAGUGUGGCUGCCACUCAACCCUCCAGUUGGCGAGCAGGCGGGGAGGGCUGUCUUGUACUUCCUCUGUCUCAUGUACAUUUUCCUGGGAGUGUCCAUUAUCGCAGACCGCUUCAUGGCAUCAAUAGAAGUCAUCACCUCUCAGGAGAAAGAGGUGACCAUCACGAAACCCAACGGUGAGACUACAGUAAUGACAGUACGGAUCUGGAAUGAGACUGUUUCCAACCUCACACUAAUGGCCUUGGGAUCCUCUGCACCUGAGAUCCUGCUCUCUGUUAUUGAGGUGUGUGGACACAACUUUGAUGCUGGGGAGCUCGGCCCGGGGACCAUCGUGGGAAGUGCUGCCUUCAAUAUGUUUGUGAUAAUUGGCCUGUGUGUAUGGGUAAUCCCUGACGGAGAGUCCCGCAAGAUCAAACACCUGCGAGUGUUUUUCAUCACAGCGUUCUGGAGUAUUUUUGCCUACAUUUGGCUCUACCUCAUACUGGCUGUCAUUUCUCCAGGGAUUGUUGAGGUGUGGGAAGCCAUAGUGACGCUGCUUUAUUUCCCCGUGUGUGUGCUCUUGGCUUGGAUCGCGGACCGCCGUUUACUCAUCUAUAAAUAUAUGCACAAGCGGUACCGUGCAGACAAAAGGCACGGCAUUGUGGUGGAAAUGGAAGGAGACCUUUCUCCCAAAGGCAUUGAUGUCAUCAUGGACGGAAAGCUGUCAGAUGGCAGCACAUGUCCUGGAAAUUCCUCCAGUGUGACAGUCUCUGUGCAGACGGGCAACGAGCCUGACCAGAACAAAGAUGAGGCGGUUCGCAUCUUGAAGGACCUGAAGGAAAAACACCCAGACAAAGACCUGGACCAGCUGAUUGAGAUGGCCAACUACUCCACCUUGGUUCAACAGAAAAAGAGUCGCGCCUUCUACCGUGUCCAGGCUACACGCAUGAUGAUUGGUGCUGGAAACAUAUUAAAGAAACAUGCUACUGAUCACAGGCGACGUGCUGGACGACAGGAUCCUGACAAAGCAACUUGUUCACAUAUUUAUUUUGAAAAUGCCCAGUACCAGUGCACAGAGAGCUGCGGCUCUCUGACCCUGGGGGUGAUCCUUGAUGGUGGUCUGGGCCAGGACACGUUCUAUGUGGACUACUGUACAGAAAAUGGAUCUGCCAAUGCGGGGUCAGACUAUGAAUUUACUGAGGGAACCCUGGUGUUCAAACCAGGGGAAACCCGUAAAGAGAUCAAGGUGGGCAUCUUGGAUGAUGACAUCUUUGAGGAGGACGAAUAUUUCCUUGUGCGUCUUCAGAAGCUGAGGCUAGAAGAGGGAGGGAACGAAGGCACAGGAACUCCCCCCAGGGGUCUGCUAGUGGAACCUCUGGUUGCCACCAUCACCAUCUUGGAUGAUGACCAUGCUGGAAUCUUCACCUUUGGGCAGCAGGUACUGCGAGUGAGCGAGAACAGCGGCACACUAACAGUGACUGUGGUGAGGAACUCAGGCUGCAGGGGCACAGUGGCUGUGCCAUACCACACAGAGGAUGGCAGUGCCAAGGCCGGAGUGGACUAUGAGGAGGCCAGAGGGGAGCUGGAAUUCAUAAAUGAACAGACCAGUCAGACGUUGCAGGUGCGCAUUUUAAAUGUGGAGGAGUACGAGAAACAGGAAAACUUCUUCAUUGUGCUCGAGCCACCCAAAUGGCUGAAGCGAGGGCUUUCUGGCAUCCCCACCCCUGAAGAGGAAGAGGCCAGGAGGAUCUCUGAAAUGGGCAAGCCCAUUCUAGGAGAGCACAGCACACUAGAAGUCAUCAUACACGAGUCCUGUGAUUUUAAGACCCCCAAUGGAGUCAUAGACCAGAACACUGUGGACAAACUCAUCAAGGACUCAAAUCUGGCUGUAGUGAUUGGCACACACUCCUGGAGAGAGCAGUUCAUUGAAGCAGUCACAGUCAGUGCAGGUGAUGGAGACGAUGAGGAGGGUCAGGAGCAGAGAAUGCCGAACUGCUUCGACUACUUCAUGCACAUACUGUGCAUCUUCUGGAAGAUCCUCUUUGCUUGCGUCCCUCCCACCGAGUACUGGAACGGCUGGGCGUGCUUCAUUGUGUCAAUCUCUGUCAUUGGUCUUUUAACAGCCGUUAUCGGAGACCUUGCUUCUCAUUUUGGCUGCACUGUUGGCCUAAGAGACUCUGUCACUGCAGUGGUCUUUGUAGCACUUGGAACGUCGCUUCCUGACACCUUUGCCAGUAAAGUGGCAGCCACUCAGGAUCAGUAUGCAGAUGCAUGUGUGGGAAAUGUGACUGGAAGCAAUGCAGUUAAUGUGUUUUUGGGCAUAGGCGUGGCCUGGUCUGUGGCUGCUGUAUAUUGGGAGGUAAAAGGGAAGGCUUUCCAUGUGGAUCCCGGUUCGUUGGCCUUCUCCGUCACACUCUUCACAUGUUUUGCCUUCUUCAGCAUGGGAGUGUUGAUGCUGCGUCGAAGGCCGUCCAUAGGCGGUGAACUGGGAGGCCCACGGGUCCCCAAAAUCCUCACCUCUCUGCUCUUCUUCGGACUCUGGUUCCUCUACAUCCUCUUCUCCAGCCUGGAGGCCUAUUGCCAUAUACAAGGCUUCUGAGAGAGCACAGCUAGGGGAGAGUUACAACUGCACACUGUCAAACACAGCACCAGGACAUUCACCUGGACUUUUACAGUAACUAUCACUGGGAAUCACUGUCACCACUUGACAACUGCUGCCAUGGUUCAUAAAAACAGCAUCCUCACUACAGUCACACAUGUCAGUCUGUCAUCCCCACUGCAGGACUGUUCCAGUUACUGGAACUCAGUGUGAUACCAUUCAGUUCUUUUAAUGCAGUGACUUUCUGAUAACGGUCCGCAUGUCUUCAUAACACUGGAAUAUACUUGAGACCGUUUACCUGAUGGCUUUUAACUUGGAUUUGAUUUGUGAGGA